AGCAGUAAGGUCGAAGAUGUUAGGGAAGGGCCAGGUCACGUGGGCCUCGGAGGCCAUGGGAAGAAGUUCAGAUUAAGAAUUUAUCACAGAGGUAGAGGGCUGGGGGGCGGCAACCAGCAGAAAUGUUUUCAGCCAAAGAAAUUCGAGGUGGUAUUGGGACCUGAUUUUUGUUUGUAGAAGACUACACUGACUACAGGGUAUCUUCAGAUGACCUCAAAAAGAGAGUAAAGAUAACUAUGACGGCUCACCAGAGUUCUUCUUGGAUCUUCAUAAAUGAGAGGACAUUUAUUACCGGGGAACAACUUAAUUCUUUAUUGAAGACCUAUAACAUUUUUUAUGGGAACCAGACAAAUCUGCAUAUUGUAUAUGGACAGACUGAAGAUGGGAAACCAAUUGUUGAAGGAAUGUUGGACAUUUUCUGGGGAGUAAAACGGCCUAUACAGCUGAAAAUACAAGAUGAGAAACAAAUCCCUUCUUGUACUGUGUUGAAGUCACCAGAUGUCUUUUCCAAAAGGGGAAUGACACGCUGGGGGGAAUUUGAUGAUCUUUAUCAUAUUACUGAACUGGAAAGGACCCAGAUUCCAGUGUCUCAAGCAAUGAAUUCUCAGGAAGAUUAUUUAUCUUAUCACAACAGCACUCUGAAGCCUCAUACAGAUGAAGAGCCAGAAUCCCCCUUGCUCUAUAGAACCAUGAGUGAAGCAACCCUGGUGAGAAAAAGGACGAAGCAUGUAAUGAUGGACAGAAAAAUCAGACAGAACCAUAGGGCCUCUAUUAAUGGACACUUUUAUAACCAUGAAACAUCAAUUUUCACUCCAGCCUUUGGAUCAGAAACUAAGGUCAGAAUAAACAGUAACAUGAAAACUGAAGAAGUAAUAAAGCAACUUCUCCAAAAAUUUAAGAUUGAAAACAGUGCCCAGGAUUUUGCACUUUACAUUGUUUUUGCAACAGGAGAGCAGAGACGGCUAAAGAAGACAGACAUUCCACUACUGCACAGGCUCCUACAGGGACCAUCCAAAAAGAAUGCUCGCAUUUUCCUCAUGGAUAAAGAUACAGAAGAAAUUAGCAGUGAUGUGGCUCAGUACAUUAACUUUCAUUUUUCUUUCCUGGAAUCCAUCCUUGAAAAAUUAAACGAAGAAGAGAAAAGAGAGAUUCAAAGAAUAAUAACAAAAUUCAGUACAGAAAAGGCUAUUAUACUGCAAUGUCUCCAAAGUAAACAGGUAGUAAAAACAGAGACGACAGUUUAGUAGUCUAGGCCACUAUUGCUAAAACACUUCAACAAAAUUAGAGGUGUUACUACUUGAUGAAUGCACACAUUCUAUAUUGCAUUCGUACAACUACAUAUGAACUUUGAUCUGUAGAAAAUUGAAUGUCGAAAAAGCUUGUCUCUGAGAUGAUGAGGUAAACUAGGGUUCACAAUUGGACUGAAAUGAGCUUGAAUUUAGUUUCAGUAACUGAAAUAAACUUGGAUACUGUGUAUUCCAAAUAGUUGUUAUAGUGGAACACUCAAUGAACUUGAAUUUAAAUAGCAUCUUCAGAUAUUAUGCAGUUUAAACUUCUUUUAGCUUGAACUGUCAAGAGAACUGGAAUAUCAUCAAACAACUCUCAAAAAUAAUUCAGAACUAAAAGCUGCCAACUCUUGAAAUAAAACAGAAGCGUAUUCUUACCGCCUCCAAGGAAUCUAAUGGUGACAGUGUUUUACAGCUCCUUGAAAACACUAACAUUUUCAUAAAAUCUAGGGCUGUCUUUCUGUGGGUAGGCGACUUUUGGCUAUCUGUAACAUAGGAGCUAUCUGUCCUUUGGGAAGGAAAAGAUUAUGGAUACUGUUAAGAAAUCCAAAAUAUAAUUUUCUCAACCUGAGCCUUUCAUUUUGCUCUAUUCUAUGAUAACUUCCAAAACUAUGCUUAAGCUUUUUUCUUUUAGGUCAGUUGAACUAGUUUAUUUUUCCAAACAAAUAUACCACAGAGACUUAGUAUAUUUAAUCUGCUAGAACAAGACUUAGCCCUUAAUAACUAUUGUUACUGAAUGAAUACAAAGGAUAAAACAAAGCUUUAGUAGCUGAAGCUAGAUAGGGAAUCCAGAGUGUUGACUUUUUUCUCCAAGCAUCUCAUUCCAUAAGGUAAUGCUCAAGAUACUUACAAGUCUGCUAAAUCUGAAAGAAAAAAAAAAGCACUCAAAGUGCCACAAGUACCAUCUAUGAUUUUAUUUAUGAACUCUUUAUCAAAAUGGCGUUGUAUGCAGCUUUCUUCCAUUCUCUAAACCUCUUCCAUUUACAUUUCUCAUAAGUAUUGUAUUAAAUUGUUGGAUUACAUUACAUGUACUAUAUGGGAUAAUGUUGUAUGUACAAAGCCCAGUUGGAAGAUUAAUUAUCAAAAUAUGAAACUUUUUUUUAAAAAGGUAUUACUUCUUAGUGUCACCAAAACCUAAACUGGAUGAAAGGAAAAGUGUGCUGUGAUCUUUUCAGUCCUAAGAAAUCUCUUUUAGUGAGUAAAACAGAGGUUUGAUCAUUAUCCUUUCAUUUAUGUAUUAAUAAGAAAAGACUUUCAUCUCACUAAAAUAAGGCAUAUACAAUAGUUAAAAUUCACUGAAUUUGUAAAAAAUUUAACUUAGCAGCAAGUACCUUCUAUAAACAUGACAAAAGAUUCAUGUUGACAGUCUACAAAAUACAUCAGAAAUACAUCAGAAAAAUACCAAGUGUUGAAUGGGGGGUGGGGGGAGGCAAAUGGCAUGCAAAAUAAAGUCAAAGAAGAAGAAAUGCCAAUGGCUACUAAGGAUGUGACAAAAGUUAUAUCUUUACAGUGAUCAACUGUAUUAGUCUGUGUCCAAUCAAGAGACAAAAACUAUACAGUGAUUUUAACAGGGGGUGUUUAGUAUAAAGAAUUAUUAAGCUGUGAUAGGAGAGUAGCUACACAUAAAAGGUCGAAAGACGACUCUAAAUGGUAGCCUAAGGCUGAGGGACAGUGCUCCAAAAAAGGAAAAGCUUAGAAUGAGGGGUUCAGAAUUCACUAGAGGUGUGGUUGCGGGCCACUGGAUAGAGAAGUUCACGGGUUGCCCAGGCCAGAGCAGAGCCACAGUCAUAGGGCAAGCAGAAACAACCCUCCAGCGUGCAGACCUACCUGGGCAGAUGGACAGGUGUGCAGAGAGACUCGUGCAGAGAGGCUUCACUGCAGGUGCAAGGCUCAGAUUAUAUAGAGUCUAUGUCUGGAGGUCCCCAGGAAACAGUUUGGGGGAGCAGUCAAGCCAAGGCUGAAGGAUGGGCACAAAGAUGGAGUCAGGGGUACUGCUGCAAGUGCUUCUAGAACUGGGAGUUGCAGGGGCCUCCUUUGAAAAAACCUAGUACAACUUUGUGUAUGACUUGGGCUGUGGCAUUUUCAAGGUUUCAUGAGACAAAGGUCGGCCAUGUGGUUCACUAGAUGGCCAGCCCCACAGGGCCCUUUCUGGGAACAUGCACCUAGUUGAGGAGAAGAUACAGAGAGCAAUGAUUUAAGCUAGGGUACAGGCCUGCACUAGGUUUCCAGGCAGGGCCACCACAAACCAAAUCAAAAACUGGAAAAGUGGGGAAAUAAAGGCUAAAGAAAGCUGCACUCUACAAGCAACUGCAGAAGCCACACUGGGCAGAACAGUGGAGGAAAAAAAAAAGUCAGCUUCCCAGGAGACAGACCAACCAGCCCUUAGGAAUCAGGAAAGACCAACUUCCUCCUACAAUGUUUCUCUAGUUCCCUUUACUGAGAAAGCAUAACAUACAAGCUGCAAAGAAAACACUGAAAGGGUCCAUAUCCAUUUCACAGAGCUGACAGCGAAGAAUGAAUUUGGAGUGUAGAGGCAGUAAAAUAACUGGCAUGUCAACAAAACACAAAGUAAAGUGAAAUAUACUUUUGGUCUAUUAACUUAUAAAGAUUAAGAAAUGAUAAUAUUACUCAACAAACUACAGUGAGAUGGGCUUUCAAACUACUAGUAGAAAUGCAAAUGUAUACAAUUUUUCUUGAAAACAACUGAACAAUAAGUUCAUCCUAUAAUUCUACUUUUAGAAUCUUAUAUUGAAAUAAUCAGACAUACAAAGAUAUUAUGCAAAGAUACUUAUUAUAUUCCUCCUUACUGUGAUAAAAGGAAGUAAAUUGCCUACACUUUUAAAAAUAGAAAGAUUAAAGGAAAGAAGCAUUUAUCCAUAGAGUGUUAUGCAGCUAUUAGAAUUGUUUCCAAAUAAAUUUUAAUCAUGAGAGUAAAUUCUCCUUGUGUAUCUAAAUAAGAAUAUACACACAAAUAUUCCCAAAUAUUUACUAUCCCUAAAAAUAUGUUUAUAUGUGUGUAAACACUGAUAUUUGUAAAUACAACUCAUAAACUAAAAACAACAUGUUAAAUGUGGUUGAGUCUGGAUUGUAGAAUUAUAGGUAAUUCACCUUUUUGCUAUGUUUAUUAAAUAUUCUCUAAUGAACAUGUGUUACUUUUUUAAAUCAGGAAAUAGAAAAGUUAUCAUUAAAAAGUUACCAACAAAAAGUAGCAAGUCAUGCAAAUACAGAGUUUUAGUAGAUGCAAAAAAGUUCAAUUAAAUUAUUUAAGUGAGACAUUAGCAUCACUUCUGUGGUAGUUUUAAAAUUAUCUAUAAAGUCUUUCAUACUCCUUCUUUCAAGAGGUAUAGCCUAAUUUUCCUUAUCUUGCAAGUGGAUUGGACUCAGUGACUAAAUUCUAAUGAAUAGAGGAAAGCAGAACAGGGCAGUGUGCAACUUUGGAGACUAGGUCAUAAAAGUCACUGUGACGUCCUCCUUGCUCACUCUCAAGGAUCACUGACCCUGAGGGAAGCCAACUGUCAUGGUUAGAGCAGCCCUGGGGAAAGGUCUACAUGAUGAGAAUGGAAGAGACCUUUUGCCAAAAGUCAGCAAGGAAUUGAAGCCUCCUUUCCACAGCUAUUUGAGUGGGCCAUGUGCUAGCUCUAGUUAAGCCUUCGGAUGAUUACAGCCCUAUCUAAUAACUACAACUUCAUGAGAGACCCUAAGCCAGAAAACCCAGCUAAACCACUCCAGAUUCCUGAUCCUCAAAAAUUAUGUAAGAUAAGAAAUGUGUGUUGUAGUACCCUGCUAAAGUUUAGGAUUAUUUCUUCCACAAUAGGUAACUAAUCCAAUUUCUGAGACAAAAAUCUGUUCACUUCAGAGUCAUCUUUGCAUAAUAGAAGACUAUAAACUUCUGCCACAAAACAAUUUAUCCUUGUUUUAGAUGGUCCAAAUAUUUCACCAACAGUUAGACAGUAGUUCAAAUUCAAUUCCAGAUAAUGUUAUAUCUAUUAACGGUAGAGGACCUGUCACAUCUAUCUUUGUAUACUUUGCUGUACCUAAUUGUUGUGUCUUGUGUACAGGAUGUGCUCCAUAAAUAUCAGUCGAAUAAAAAACUGAAUGAAUUAGUGAAUGAGGGAAUAAAAAACAGAGCGAAUGAAGCAUCUCAAACACUUUUGUAAAAUUCCCCGGAUAUAUGCCUCCUUUUUCACAAAUCUGAUCUAGCAGCUGAAUAAAUAUGCACAGAAUCUGUUCAAUAUGGUUUUCCCUAAUAUGAUGGUAUAUUUUAUUAUCCCUUGGCUGUAUGAAAUAUUCACUUAGACAGUGUUACUAUGGAAUUUUAUUUAGGGCUUCAGAUUGGUUUCAGGGACUGAAGGGGAAAGAAGUCUAAUUGCAAGGCAGCUGAUGAGGUGGAAAAGAUGGCAGAUGUAACUACU